AUGAAAUUCUCCAUCGUCUUUGCCGCUCUCGCAACUUUGGCGUUUGCAGCUCCCGGCCCCUCCAUGGAGGGAGAGGGCUUGGAGAAAAGACAGAGAUCAUGCACAAUCAAUGCCCCGCCCCGCAAGCCUCUGACCAACAACAGCACCGGACUUCAACUCUGGAAACUCCAAGCCCCCGUGAAUCUCUUCACGUCGCAUGGCUCUAUUUUACUGAUUUUUGGUGGCGAUAAAAGGUUUGCAACACCUGCGCAGAGGGCUGCCGCUGUAUCUCUACUUCUCCCACUGUUUGCCACUGCCUGUGAGAUGGCGGCUCGCAUUGUCUAUAGCCGAGGUUAG